UAUAGUAAUCCUUCACAAACCGGCUUUUCUAGUUCCUUCUAUAACAAAACACCAUUUUUCCCCUACUGCUUUGAGGAUUUCUCUUUUAAUUCUUUCGUCUUCCUUCCGUCCAGCUAGGAAUCACAAGGAUGGCAGCUUCAGCUUCUCUCUCUCUCUACACUCCCCACAACUUCUCUCGUACUUCUUCAAGACCCGCAAACCAUUUGUGUCUGCAACGACCCACUAUUCAAAAAUUUAAUAUUUCCAUUUCAAGAACAGUUUUUUCCGCAUAUCCUGUUUUCAAUUCAUACAGGAAAAAUGGGAAUCCAAGAAUUAUCACCGAUGGGUUCAGGAAUCAAAGGCGUUCUUUUUUUAGACCUUCCGUCUCAGCCCAGGAGGAAAACCAACCCGCCCCGACAAACAAUUCAGAUGAGUUCCAAGCGCCAGAAGGCGCAGCAGAUCCUGCUCGCCUGAAGUUGAUCAUGCAGGCAUAUAAGGAAGCUGUUUUAGAUGGAGACAGAAAGGCUAUAUAUGAACUUGAAGAUAUGAUAUUCAUGAUGGAGAAAGAGAAAAAUGAGCUGGCCCAGAAAGUUGCAGCUAUGUCUGCAGAAAUAUCUUCUGGAAAGGAAAAAUUAGUUCGCUUGCAGGCUGAUUUUGAUAAUUACAGAAAAAGAUCGGAAAAAGAAAGAUUAACAGUAAGGAGUGAUGCCCAAGGAGAAGUGAUUGAAAGUCUCUUGCCGAUGGUCGACAGUUUUGAGAGAGCCAAGCAACAGAUCAAACUAGAAACCGAGAUGGAAAAGAAGAUUGAUACAAGUUACCAAGGUAUAUACAAGCAGUUUGUGGAAAUUAUGCGGAGCUUGCGUGUGGCCGCUGUCCCCACAGUUGGGAAGCCAUUUGAUCCUAAGAUGCAUGAAGCUAUUGCUCGUGAGGAGUCGUAUGAGUUCAAGGAGGGAAUCGUAAUCCAAGAAUUUCGCCGGGGGUUUUAUCUUGGAGAUCGCUUAUUAAGACCUGCGAUGGUUAAGGUCUCAUCUGGACCUGGUAAAAAGAAACCUGCUUCGGUGCCAGACCAAUCAUGUGAGGAGCCAGCUUCAGUUGCUGGAGUCGAUAAUCGAUAGUCUUACUGCAGAUCAUCAUUGGGAAUUAACCAUUCAAAAGCAAUAUUUUAUGUUAUUCAAAAGAAAUUUCUUGCUCAAGUUACUAUCGUGGAAUAGUUUGCUCCCUCAUUAGUCUCUUCAAGCACGCUUGCACACUGCUUCCUUUUUAUUUUGUUUGCAAGUUCCGAAGAGGAAAACGGAGGGCACUUUAGUAAGAUUCUCUUGUAUUCUGUAACCACAAAGGAAAAAGCAUUGAAGUA